AUGGCACUCAGCACCUCUCCCCGCAAAGUCGUGCCCCUCGCAACUGGAGAUGAUAUCAGGCCUAGAAAUUCAUCGUCAACCCCCAGUGUCACCAACCGCGUCUUCUAUUGCGGCGUCGUAGUUGAAGGAUCUGAAAACGGAAGGAGGCUUCCGGAAGACAUACAGGAUCUCGUUCUUUCUCUAGGCAACCCGUUAUUUUCCAGCUCCUCAAAUCUUUUAUCAUCUCCAUCAAAUUCAUCACUUGACGAACUUAACCACGCAGCUCAGCGCCAGCGGGCUUUGACGGACACAUCUGCGCUAUCAUCUGUUAUUCAUGAACUUGUCACGAGCGAACGAUCCUAUGUCAAACGUUUACAAAUCCUUAAACACGAUUAUGCUGAUCCCUUGCGCAACUUCGCCAGAAGUAAAGACACAGCUAUUAUACCGCCCUAUGAAGCCAAAACUCUUUUUGGCAAUAUUGACAACCUCCUCCCUGUAAAUGAAGCUUUUCUGGUGGAUCUCGAGAGGAUGCUCGGAGGAAAUGGGACUAAAAAUGUCGGAGGAGUGGGCGACGUGGCAUUGCGCCACUUCAAGGAUUUGAAAGGCUUCGAGCAAUAUAGGCAAUACUACGUUAAGCGAGAAGAUGCUCAACUUAUAUUUGAAAAAGAGGUGGCAAAGAGGUCGUCACGGUUUGCUGCUUACAUCGAUCACAUCAAAUAUCAAUCUACGGACCCAAAGAAUCGGGUUGGCUUACGAGAACUGCUGAUGGAGCCAGUGCAGCGAAUUCCUCGAUAUACACUUCUCUUCCGUACAAUUCUGAAGCACAUGGCUCCAGAUGAUCCACAAAGAGCCAAAGUCAUCGAAGCCGAUGAAAUCGCAAGCAAGAUUGCCUUAGCGGAAACGGACGAGCAAACAAAACGCGCAGCCGUGUUCUAUUGUCUGAUCGCUACCAUUGACGGCUUUCCGCCGGAUUUGUUUUCCAAUUCACGUCGUUUUAUUGACUGUGUUGACGUGGAGGAUAUAUUAACCGAAGGCCCGGUCUCUUCCUCCUCAUCGUCGAAUUCUGCUGUCACUUCCCUUCAUUGUACGUUGUUUCUGUUUGACGACAAGCUCGUCAUCGUGAAGAGGCCAGGAAACGGAGAGAAGGGUGGCAGAUCAUUGUCAGGACUUGACAGUCUUGAUAAAGUAACAAAAGCAGGUGGGAUACCGACUGGGAAGAAGAAGAGUGGGAUGUCGUGCAAGGGUGUUAUUGACAUUACUGAUGUGGUCGUUACUGAUAUUGGCGGUGCAGAUAUCAACUUGUACUUGGAAAAUCCGCCGCAAGACCAAACCGACCGAUGGUCGGGACGAUCAUUUCGCUCCCUGUCCGUUGUGAACCCACCCAUGCCUGUCAACCUCGAUCCAACCCAGACAGAGGCUGACAAACGCCGUUUUCUGGAAAAUCUUUGGAAUGCACAAGCCACCUAUCGAUCAAGAUCUGGUCAAUCGGUCGUUCUUUGUUCGGAUGAGCAAGAAGUUGAGUCUAGAAGUGGUAGGAUCACGAGGGCCAGGACGUAUUACAAUGUAUACCAACGCAGUGCUUUCCUUCAAGAGCCUAAGAAGACCAAAGUCCUUGUUCAUAUCGACUCUUUAGGGUCCGCUGACCCAGUGCCCUUUGGUAUCGGAGCACCACCGUUCGCCAGAAUUCGUGUUCAGCCCAUGGCCGGCGGCCUGUGUCGGUACUCUGUGUCAUCAAGUGACCCAAGGGACGAAAGUGAAGAAGAUAUCGUUCAAACUGAACGAGUGCCAUCACGAAUUGUUCAGACGAUCCACCAAUUUGGUUUAUUCGAGUUCAAGACUGGGAGGAGCUCACUCCCAGGAACGCCAACUGCUCGCUCGAAAGCAGCAAUUUUCGGUCUAGACGCCAUCUCACGCAACCUAUUUAACACGAGACCUGGCUCCUCGAUGGGCGACUUUUUUGGAGGAUCAAUCAGUGGCCGGAGACGUACCAAAUCCGCGACAAGCCGAUCAUCCACGUAUGCUCAUACAACAACCACUGAAGACAGUAGCAUGACAAAAUCUUCUCACCGCUCAAACUCGACAACCACCGCGGCGACCACAAUUUCGACGAUGGAUGAUGACUCCUCGUUUUUUGCUUCUAGAUCUUCGAAGGGAAAGAACUUCUGGAACCGGGCCAAGUCCCCCAGCGGUACAGCAUCUGAUUCAGAUAGAGGCUCUCCGAGUCGCAAUUUAUCACGGUCUCGCUCCCAUUCCAUUUCAAGAUCUCACCCAUGGCAAUCAGACGCAGACUAUAGCGACGUAGAAGACGAAAGGAGCACGGUCUUAGCGCAAGCAAAGGAUGUUGACUCGUCGGAUUAUAAUCUCGCAAUGCAAUUGGAACUUGCCCGACAGAAUAGCAUGAAUCAGCAUGGAAAACUGGUGUCUUCGAUACCAUUAGACAUGCCAGUUGAAGACACAAUAUACGAAGAGGAACCACCGCAACCCGUGCAAUCCACUUCCCGAGCCAUGGGAGAUGCAACCAGUCAUCGAUCGAUGACUCCUCGCCCAGCAUCGCCUGUAAAACUUGCGGACUCCCCCCCUCAAACAUCAAGAACAGAUUCUCGUCAUUCAUUUGAACGCCGUCCAUUCGGUCCCCGAAGUCCGUCUCCUUUACCUUUUCCCAGUCCCAAAGUUUCACCGUCAACUGACCUCCCCUCGGUCGAUGCUGAUAAUGCAUUGGAGCCCUCUACACCACCGAGAGACCCUUUGGCGACACCCUCACGCUAUGCUGGGCCAUCAUCAGCCAUACCCCGUAGUAAGCGUCAGCUCUUAUUUCCCGCCGGCAACACGGAAGUAACCCCCAAACCUGCUACAAAUGGCACGGUCUCCACAAGCAACAUCGAACCAUUGUCGAUCAAGAAAAAAGCUCCAGGACGGAUAUCAGCCACUUCCAUGGGAUCGCCGUUACCCACCCGCAAGUUUUACGCUCGAAAUUCUCCUUUGAAUCGAAAUUCUCCUCAUAUUGUAUCGCCUCGACGAGUAUCACCUCAAGUGCGGAGACCGAAACCCUCCGCGCCGACCCAAGGGUCAUAUAACAGUGAUAGAAUCAAAGACAUGCAACAAUUAGCGGUUUCAACCAAGGAUGAUAUUGAUUCGUCACGGCGAUCAAUUAAACGUAUCAAACUUGAAGUUGAUGCCUUCCGCUUUGAACCUCAAAAUUCUCGACCCGUAUCACCUGACAAAGGCUUGCGGAUGCCUCAACCUUCACCCGCAAUGACCAAAGCGGCGCUGGAGCGUAUGGAAGAAAUGCGAAAUAUGAUUGGACGUCGACAAGGCGAAAGCACACCCAAAGGUCGACCACGGUCAGGAACUUUGGAUACAAUAAGGCCAAACGACGACGAACUUGUUCGGUCUGUGCAGAUAAUGGCAUUAGAGGCAGACCAAGGGUUGGCGCGUGCGAUGUCAAAUCAAGACGACCUUCAGACUCGGCUGAAGGAAAUGGCGGCAGAACUCGCAGAGAGAGCUGCCGAUUUUGAGAAAAGCCGCCUAGAGCUGCAAAACGCGAAAAGACAAUGUGAGCUGGUCAAAAGUCUUCUCGCUGACGCUACUGCUGAGAAGGAAAUUAUGUACGAGGCCUUCAAUGAGGAGCUCGAUGGAAUGUAUAAUGAUGCAAAUUUACCGGAUGAUGAGGCAUGGCAGGCCAUGUCUCGAGAUCUUAGACAAACUAAAGAGACUCGAAAUGCCCUUACAAGGGAAAACUCGCAACUGAAGCGGCAACUUGCAGAAGCAGAACUCCAGCGAGAAGAUCUGUCCACCGUCAUAAAAUUUCCUACGUAUUCCUUUCCCGGGUGGCCACACAAACUGGAUUCUCAAUCUUCGCAAGUUGACUACAAACCGUGUCCUAUUGUAAUUUGCGUCUUUGUCAAGAUCACUCUCCGACUCAUUUUCCCAAAGGUAGUAAACGGCGAAGUGGGAGUUACGGACAGCCCAAGGAAAGCUGAACCUCCGAAAGCGGUUGAUUGUCAAGCUGUCAGCAAUUUGAUCAUAGGCGCAAAGUCCAUAUUGACAUGGUGUCCAAGAAAAGAAUGUGAUAUUGCGUUACUAGUCAUCACGUACAUUCGUAAUUUUUUGUAAAAAUUUGAAUGUAGUAAGUGAAGUGGUGGGGGUAUUAAUUUAUUCUACAGAUAUACAGACGGUGCUGACUUUCCUUGCUAAUUGUACACAAACCUAUUAGUCGUCUUCUGGUAAACUUGGAGGGUCCCGCACCCAUUAGAAUGUUUGCAUGCUGCUAUCGGGAUACUUUUGUUGUCUAUCAAACGUCACUAGUCGAGCAAGGAAUGAUGUGGACGGUUUGUUGAUCCACUACGUCAGAUGUACUUCGAGCUCGUUUGCGAGAGUCCUUCGUCCAGCGUUGUAUCAUGCCGGGUGAAUAAUUUGAUUCUGUGUGAGC